AUGCCACCCAAGAGGAAGGCUGCCGGUGCUGUGCAGGGGGGAGCGAAAGUCGGCAGGUCUUCGCGAAUGACAACGCCUGGCGCUGCAACGCCACGAACAAUUGACAGCAAUGAAGAGGUGCCGGACGAGGAUGAGGCUCCAGUUGAUGAGGCUCUGGAACGGGAUUUGAAUAAAAAUAUAGACAUUUUUUCCCUGGAUCGCUAUCAGAAGAGACACGCGAUUCGGGAUCCUCUUCCGCAUAUUUUUGGCGACCGUGAUUUCUCCUACCUAGUUCUGAAGAAAGACCACCAGAACCGGCCUCUAUGGAUCGACCCUCAGAAGGGUCGCAUCAUUCUGGAGAGUUUCAACCCGCUCGCUGAGCAGGCCCAAGAUUUCCUCAUCACCAUCUCUGAGCCGUUGUCACGACCGACCUUCAUGCACGAGUACGCCCUUACAACACACAGUUUAUAUGCUGCCGUCUCCGUUGGACUCUCGCCAGAAGACAUCAUCAACACUCUAGACCGGUUCCUCAAGACACCUUUGCCGGAUGAAAUCCGAAACUUUAUCACAAGCUGUACUCAGAGUUACGGCAAGGUGAAGUUGGUCCUGAAGAACACCAAGUACUAUGUCGAAAGUCCCGAUCCAAACAUGCUCCAAACUCUCCUUAAGAACCCUAGAAUCGGACCUUUGCGCGUGCAAGGAACAGAAGAAAUCACAACAUCAGUGGCGCCCAAGAUUGGAGGUCUUGUUAUUCCCGGUACACAGAAUGCGGCAGGAGCAAAGCAGGCGAAUGGUCUUGGCCAGUCAGGCGAACCAGGUAAAGACGGACAGCCCGUUCAGGAGGGCGAGGUCUUUGCGACACUCAACGAGGAAGACGACGAGGAUCAAGAAGUGACACACUCCUUUGAGAUUGCGGAUAAGGACGUCGAAACCGUGCAGAAGGAAUGCUUGAACUUGGGAUACCCAGUUCUUGAAGAGUACGAUUUUCGAAGAGACGAGGCCAACGCCAACCUUGACAUCGAUCUUAAGCCAGGUACUCAGAUUCGUCCUUACCAGGAAAAGAGUUUGAGCAAGAUGUUCGGCAACGGACGAGCGAAGAGUGGUCUUAUCGUCUUGCCUUGUGGUGCCGGAAAGACGCUGGUGGGCAUCACAGCAGCUUGUACCAUCAAAAAGGGCGUGAUCGUUCUGUGCACAAGUUCCAUGUCAGUUGUGCAAUGGCGCAACGAGUUUUUGAAGUGGUCCAACAUCAACCCUGACGAUAUUGUCGCGUUCACAUCGGACUCCAAGAACAACGUCUUCACUGGAAGCACAGGUAUCAUUGUCACAACAUAUGCAAUGGUCACACAAUCCCGAGCACGAUCCUACGAUGCAGAGAAGAUGAUGAAGUUCUUGACUGGUCGAGAAUGGGGUCUGAUGCUGCUGGAUGAGGUGCACGUUGUGCCCGCCAAUAUUUUCAGAAAGGUUACAUCUUCAAUCAAGACUCACUCCAAGCUCGGUCUCACAGCAACACUUUUGCGAGAAGACGACAAGAUUUCGGAUCUGAACUUCCUGAUUGGACCAAAGCUGUUCGAGGCCAACUGGAUGGAGCUUUCAAAGCAAGGGCAUAUUGCCAGGGUUCAGUGUGCUGAGGUCUGGUGCCCAAUGCCUACUGAGUUUUACGACCAGUACCUCAAGGCACCGAGCCGAAAGAAGGGUUUGCUGUAUAUCAUGAACCCCCGCAAGUUUCAGGCGUGCCAGUAUCUUAUCAACUAUCACGAGUCACGCGGAGACAAGAUCAUUGUCUUUUCAGACAACGUGUAUGCUCUCAAAGCAUAUGCUUUGAAGCUCCAGAAGGCAUUCAUCUAUGGUGGUACCGGCCAGGCAGAACGUCUCCAAGUGUUGGAGAACUUCCAGCACAACCCAAACGUCAACACACUCUUCUUGUCAAAGAUUGGAGACACGUCUCUUGAUCUUCCCGAAGCUACGUGUCUCAUCCAGAUCUCCUCGCACUAUGGUUCCCGUCGUCAAGAGGCGCAGCGUCUGGGCCGAAUUCUACGAGCUAAGCGACGUAACGAUGAGGGCUUUAAUGCCUUCUUCUAUUCGCUUGUCUCAAAAGAUACUCAAGAAAUGUACUUUUCUUCUAAGCGUCAAGCUUUCCUUGUUGACCAGGGAUAUGCUUUCAAAGUUAUCACCCAGCUCGCCAACAUCGAGAAAACGCCUGGCUUGGCAUUUGCAGAUGUCUCGGAGCGUCGAGAGCUAUUGCAGAAGGUGCUUGUGGAGAACGAGAGCAUGGAAGAGGAUGAUCCCAAUGACGACAUGUUCCACCAAGGCACCAUGGGACGUAGGAAGAAGAAGGGAGCCCGACGAACAGCAGGAACCCUUGGUGAACUCAGCGGUGGCCAGGACAUGGCGUACAUCGAGCAGAACAAGAAGAUGUCAGCGAAGCGCAAGAAGGCGGAUAGCAAUGCCUUCUUCAAGAAGAUCGGACGAGAGAACGCCCGUCGCGCAGCGGCGCAGUAA